AUGGUGGACGAUGGUGAAGCGGAUAGGGAGGACGAGGUUCCGGAGGAGGUAUGGGAGAGGGAGGAGGGGACAGAGGGGGAGGAGAGGUCGGUUGUGGGUGGGGUGGAAGAGGAGGGAAGAGAUGAGGGUGUGAGUUGGGAGGACGAGACCGAGGAAGAUGAGGAUGACGGGGGAGAGGCGGUGGCCGGAGUGAUGCAGGAGGCGCAGAGGGUGAUGGAAGAAGCGGCGAAGCUUCUCAGCGUGGCGGAACGACCUGUGGUUGAUGUGGCCGUGAGUGACGAUGAGGAGGAGGACGUGGGGGAAGCGGAAGAGGAUAACGAGGCGGAGGAGGAAGAGGCGGAAGAGGUGGUAGAUGAGGGAGAGGCGGAAGAGGAGGAAGAGGCCGAAGGGGAGGUCGUGAUGGAAACAGAGGAGCAGGUGGGUGCACAGGACAGCAAGAGGGAUGUGAAGGCAUCGGAGGAGGAGGAGGCGCUUAUUUAUGACCCACCACCGCCAGUGGACUUGGGUGUGGGACUGGAGGUGACCCUUGGCGCCACUGGUGCUGGUAGCAGUCCCAAUGCGGACAGCAGCUACGGUGCCGAGGGUUGGCAGGACGGCAGGAGGGAGGUAGAGGUGUUGGAGGAGGCGCCUAUUUAUGACCCACCACCGCCAGCGGACUUGGGUGUGGAUAUGGAGGUGACUCUUGGAGACGCUGAUGCUGCUGGUAGCAGUCCCGUUGCUGACAGCAGCUACAGUGCUGGGGAUGGCUUUGGUGCUGAUGUGAGCUCCGUUGGUGGUGUGAGCUCCAGUGCUGAUGUGAGCUACAGCGCUGAUGUCAGCUAUAGUGCUGAUGUUAGCGAUGGUGCUGGGGAUGGCUUUGGUGCUGAUGUCAGCUCCAUUGAUGAUGCGAGCUACACCUUGGCAGCAACCCUUUCAGCAGCAGCAGCACACGUGGCAGCACAAUUGGUGGCACGGAGGUGGAUCUAA